AAGUUGGAAAAAGAGGAGAGAAAAAGGUUUCCUUUUUCUUAAUGGUGGAUGGAAAGGAACAAGCAGAAAGCAAUAUUCAUUUACACAUCAAAAGAGAAGAUUCCCCCUUUGUCUACUUUUUCUUAUCUCACUCUGUUCAUCAAAGGCAAUAUCCCAGAAUUUUCUCCACUCAUCUUUACAUCAUUUCACAAACAAAGACAGAAUGCAAAGUUUCAAGAAACUCAAUCUUCUGCUUAUCCUCAAGUUCUUCUUCAUCACUAUCUCAGCUAUCCAGUAUUCUGCUGAAUCUGCUCACACCCUCUUCUGUGGUAACAUCCCAAUUCAAGCACCUUUCUUGAGAUCAAAUUCCUCAAAGCCACCUGUACAAAACAGCAUGAUCAUAUGCAAAUCUCAAAAGCUAUACUUCAGAACAUCUAUAGGUCUUUUCCCUAUCUCUUCCGUCGAUUACACCACCAAAACCCUAACUGUCUCUCACCCUUCUCGUUCUCCUUCCCGGCGAUAUAUCUCCCCUGCUCUCCUCUACGCCGGUCUCCCUCCACCUCCACAUCCCAACGCCCUUCUUCUCUUCAACUGUUCAAACAAAAGGAACCCACUUUCCCCUUAUAUCCGCAACUGCACCCGCUUACAUCAAUGCGGCUCUGCUUCUGAUCAGAUUAAGGAACAAGAAGUAAAAGUACCUAAUUCAUGUCUAAUUGUCCAAGACAUUGAAAAACUUGAGAUGGGUUUUCAUCCAAACGAACUGGGUUGCUCGCAUUUCAGAAGGGUUCAUAGAAGAUCUCUGAUUGAUGUUGAUGAGUAUGAAGGGGUUGAGCCUGGAACGAGGAUUUCCUUCGACAUUCCUGAUCAUGUACCGGAUAUGUGCAAGGAGUGUGAGAAGCCUAAUGGCAAUUGUGGUGUGGGGUUAAGGUGCAUCUGCCACCCAAAAGAAUGUAAAGAUAAGGUGAUUUCAGGAGUUGGAUCCAUGAAUUCUGGUGGGGGUUUUCUGUUUUCCUUCGUUUCUCUUCUUAUUGUAAUAGAAAUGAAUAUAUGAAUGAAUUAUUGUUGAUUCAAUGGAAUUUUGCUUGGAGCAUUACUGAGGGAAAACUCUGUUUCUUCUUGAUGGACAUUGGAUGAUAUCUCUGAUCUCAAAUCUAAUCCAAAGAAAAUGGAAAUUUAGAA